AUGUCUGCAGAGUUAUCACGGGCAUCGAAACCAUAUCGAAACCCUGCAACGAACGCGGAUUCGCCGCCGCGCCACGCGGAUUCACCGCUGCGGAAGGUCACACCACUCCGAGCGGCGGUGCCCCCACGACCGCUGGCGGUUCUGAAGCGAGUGCAGAAGACGCGCGUGCCAUCGGUGCCCGCGGCGGGGAAGACCGACCGCUCGUGUGGCAUCCAGGAAGGCCUACCGCGCGCGGAGAGCACAGGCUUCAGCUGCAGCGGCGCCGGUGAUUUCAGCACUCAAGACUGGAGGUUUUCAGUGAAGGCCUGGGGCUUGCCCUGGAAAGUCUUCCUGCGGAAGCGCAACCGCAAGGAUCCAGCCUUCGCGCGGUAUGUCCAUGAGGCCAACAAGGAAGCCUCUGGCGUGUCUUUAGCCAAGCAACAUGCCAGGUUCUCACCCUACUACCUGCCAGCGCAGGGCUUCAUGCACCCAGCAAGACAAGAGUUCAUGGAGGGCUCAGUCCAGCCAUCGCUGAACCUCUGGUGGCGCGACAGCCCCAGCCUGACCGCGGCCUUCCGCCGGCGGCUGGGCGAGGCCAAGUCCUUUGAGGCGGCGCACGCCGAUCACCGGGAACCCAUGGGUUUCCGGUAUGGACAGACCAUGGGCGGCGGUGGCAAGGGCAACACGGCUGCCAUUGCUGCCUUAGAAGAUGCAGAGACCAAGAAGAAGGUAGAGGACAUCCUGACGAAGGCCAAAGAGGCAGCAUCUCCAUCGCUGCGUCGCGAGAUGCGUCGCUGCGUGGCGGCCGAACCGGAGGACCAAGUGAAGAGACAGACCUUGAUGAUGCAGGAGUGUGAAAACCCCCCGUCCGCCGAACCAAAGCUUAGCGAGGAGCUGUUGCCCUUGGCCAAGAGUGUGGUCGGUGACAGUUGGAAGGAUUGGGGCGUCACGGAAGACAACGCCAUGAUGGUGAUGAUGCAGGCACAGGGCGGGAUCCUCCGGGGCAUCCGACGGGGCAUCAGUCUCCGGCGCAACAGCUACCGCGGCAGCGCGCUGCCCGUGACGCAGCAGCCGUCCGUGGCGUCGCUGCGGUCGCUGCCCUCGGAGAAGCCGGAAGGCCCUGACGACGACGCGGGAAGGAACGACGCGGGCUCAUCUUUGAAGAAUCUUGAGACGCUUGUGACUGAGAAUGGCGUCUUGGAGUUUCCAGAGACAGACAUGGAAGAUGAUGCAUUGCAAGCUGCCGUGCAGACCAUGAAGAGGCACAAGACCAUCACCUUCGAAGAUAUUGCCCUGAGCGAAGGUGUGAAGCAAAGUGUCAUUCUUUGUCAGCUCGGAAGACAAAAACGAUUUGUCAUCUCUUGA